ACCAACGAAGUAUCAACAACAACUCUUCUUCUCUCUUUCACUCUCUCUUUUCUCUCAUCACUGUUUCAUGCAAAACCGUUUCUAGGGUUUUCAUUUUCCAUCAUUCUUUCAAUUCAACUACGAUAACAACAACACCAAUCUCACUCUCACUCUCACUCGUCGCGAUGUCAUCGGCGAAGAAACUCAUCAACGAUCCGAAUGAUGUUGAGACUGAAUUCAUUGAUGGUCUUAUGGAGACAUAUCCUUCACUGCAGUAUUUGGAUGGCUAUCCUAGUGUGAAGGUUGUAUUUCGUGCAGAUGUUUAUCCUGGUCCACCAUAUGAUAAAGUUGCAGUUAUAUCAGGCGGUGGAAGUGGCCAUGAGCCUGCUCAUGCUGGAUUUGUGGGGGAAGGAAUGCUGACUGCAGCCAUAUGUGGCGAUGUCUUUGCUAGUCCAACUGUUGAUGCUAUUCUUGCAGGGAUACGAACUGUAACUGGUCCAAUGGGAUGUCUUCUUAUUAUAAAGAACUAUACUGGGGAUCGUUUGAACUUUGGUUUGGCCGCUGAGCAAGCAAAAUCUGAAGGUUAUAAAGUAGAGAGUGUGAUUGUUGAGGAUGAUUGUUCUAUACCUCCACCUCUAGAGAUGGCCGGAAGAAGAGGAUUGGCAGGGACUAUUCUGGUUCAUAAGGUUGCAGGAGCUGCGGCAGAUGCUGGUCUUUCUCUUGCUGAUGUUGCUGCGGAAGCAAGAUAUGCAUCUGAAAAUGUGGGAACAAUGGGCGUUGCUUUAAAAGCGUGCACACUCCCUGGUAGGAUUUUUACAGAUCGUUUUGGGCCAACAAAAAUGGAAGUGGGUCUUGGAAUUCACGGGGAACCUGGGGCACACGUGACUGAUAUACAGCCUGUGGAGGCAGUGGUUUCUGAGCUUCUGAAUCAAAUAUUGUCCAAGGAAACAAACUAUCUUCCAAUAUCUCGGGGUGAAAGAGUGGUACUCAUGGUCAAUGGGUUAGGUGGCACCCCCUUAAUGGAACUAAUGAUUGCAGCAGGAAAAGCAGUUCCUCAAUUGAUGGUUGAGCAUGGAUUGGCUGUUGAUAGAGUUUAUACAGGGUCAUUCAUGACUUCUCUUGAUAUGGAAGGUUUAUCAAUUUCUAUCAUGAGGGCUGACCGGUCUAUUCUUCAACGAUUGGAUGCUGAGACGAAAGCUCCUUAUUGGCCUGUUGGAGUUAGUGGUAAUCGUCUUCCUGCAAAGAUUCCUGUUCCAAUUCCACGAUCUCGGUCAGCAAAGAUUGUUGAGCCACAGAGUCAACCUCUGAAAUUAACUGAGCAAGGACAACUUCUUGAGCAAGUCAUUGUAGCUGCUGCAACUGCACUUAUACAACUCAAAGACACUCUAAAUGAAUGGGACUCUAAAGUUGGUGAUGGUGACUGUGGAUCAACUAUGUACAAAGGUGCAACGGCAGUUCUUGGGGACAUAAAAAAUUACCCUCUGAAUGAUGCUGCAGAAACUGUUGGUGAAAUUGGAUCAACAAUUGGAAAAUCAAUGGGAGGAACAAGUGGGAUCAUAUAUUCAAUUUUAUGUAAGGCGGCAUGUGCACAGCUGAAAACAAGCUCCCACUCUGUUAUCACAUCAAAACACUGGGCUAAAGCACUUGCGGCAGCCAUUGAGGCUGUUAGUAAAUACGGGGGAGCUAAAGUUGGUUACAGAACAUUGCUAGAUGCCCUUAUCCCAGCAUUGUCAUCACUUGAAGAGAGACUAAAUUCUGGUGAUGAUCCUGCCACUGCUUUUUUCACCUCAUCUCAGGCUGCACUUGAUGGAGCCGAGUCUACCAAGAAAAUGCGAGCAAAGAAAAAUGGGGAGUAAGGGAAGUUUAAUUGAGUUGGGUUUUCAAUAAGCAAUGCUUGGAUCUCCUCGGUAAAUCCUAGCAUUCAAAUGCUUGGACCAUGCCGUCAAGUUUGUCGGUCUUUUUUUUUCUCUGGAUCUGUGAAGCUUUUCCUGUGCAGUUGCUUUUACGUUAUACCAUUUGUAACUCAUAAAGCUUGUCAAUUGUGCUUAAGUGAGCCUGGUUUAGUGGUUAAUGUGAUAUGCUUUGAUUCUAAUGGCCUAUAUUUUAGACUAUUCGUCAAGUUUUUGUGUUUGUGUAUGAUAGCUUCUGGAUCCACUCAGAAGAUCGUUGUUAAUAACCAUUUACCAAAACAGUUUCAAAACAACCCUAAAUAACAAAUAAUGAUAUUAUAUGAGAAAUGCAAGUUAUUUCAUAAGACAUUAUUAG